AUGAAAUUGAUUAAAUUCAGCAUACUUUUAUUAUUAACCAACUUAUCCUUAGCGUUAGACUGGACACAAUGGCUAACACUGAGUACUACUACAGCGCGUGGGACUUUAGCUAUCACUGGGGCCGUUGCAGGCUGGGCUCCAUCAGUAGUUGAGAGAUUUUACGAUAACUGCUGGCAAAAUGGUUUAAUGCCUAAUACCAAGUAUUACAUACCACUGAGACAAUGUGCAAAAACGCUAACUAGAGUCGUCAGCGAGUUAUGUAUUGGAGCAUCAGCCUUAGGAGCAAUCACUGGCUUUUGGAAGCGCGAUGAAAAUGUUAUAAGCUACGCACCAGGCUUUUCACCUGUUACUAUUGAUUUUAAAAAUAAGUUAGCAAAAUGUGACGAAGAUGUCACAUUUAAUGUAAGUGAUGGAACAAUAAUAACAAUGAAGUCCUGUGCAUUAGGCGAGCAAUAUGAAGACAGCACUUUCUAUUCUAAUUUAAUGGCACCACGUCUUAACGAUACUGCCACACCAUUAUCGUUAAUGCAAAUCAACCCAGAAGGCAAGUUAGCCUUACACAUAGUUAAACCACACAACUCUGUUCAAAAUUCUAAGCGUGAUUUUACAAUAAGCACUAAUGAAUACUCAUCGGCAGGUUCAGUGAUCUUAGAAUGUCAGUAUACCUUCGGUGAUGCUUCCUCUGCUUAUGAAGCCUCAAAUGACUGGGCAAAUACUUUUGAAGCUGCCGGUGACGGACAUAUGAUGCACUGGAGAUACUAUAGCCUACACGGCUAUAAUGGUAAUGAUAGCAGAAUGAAAUGCUGUUAUAAAAUAUAUGAUCACACUGAAACAGUCAACGGUUGGCGUGGAUGGGAUGAUGUUUGGUCAUCAUUUUAG